AUGGGUGUAUUCGGUCGUACCCUGGGAUGGCUCAAGACUGCCGGCGCCAGCAUCUUGCGCACGCCGGUUGAGAUAGCCCAACGCCAUCGGGACGUUGUCUGCUUGAUGCUCGAGGAGGACUGCUCGUCGUCUUUCCUUUCCUCGAAGAUGCUCGGAACCGACGAAGCGGCGGUGUUCAUCGUCACCGUGGUCGCCAUGGUCUUGGUGAAGCGUUGGAGACGCGGCGGCCGGUUCCUUCAAGACCAAGUUUGUGACGAGGACGGCGCUGAUGAGGACGCCGAAGGCGAACAAGAUGCCGCCGCCGCCGCCGCCGCGCAAGAGGCUGCAGAGGAGAAGGUUCAUCUGCUUGAGGGUGUCAACCAAGAGGUUUUGGACCGACUCGACGAAGAGCAGCGACAGCGCGUCGUUUUCGAAGGGGCCGUGGAAGCUCAGCGGGAGGGGCACAGAAACCAGGUCGCGGCAAUGCAGCGGAGGCUACAGGCAGAACUGGCUUCCGAGCAUCAGCAGCAUCAGGAGAACCUGGAUCGAGCGCACGAGCUGCUCGCCACCAGAAACAGGGACAAUGAGGUGUUGGUGGAACAAGCUGCAGCCGCAGAGCGCACUGUCGAGGAAAUGCGCAGGGAGCGAGAGGCGGCGGCGAUAGUGGCAACGCAGCUGCAGGAAGAACACCAACUGGCUGCUGUCCGUCUGAGCGAGCAGAACCAGGCCAGGUUGGCUGCAGUGCGCGAGGAGCUGGCUACCAGCGACGACGAGAAGGCCGUGUGGUCGCAGCGGGCUACGGUGGCCGAGCGUCAGGUUGAGGAGAUUAACAGGGAGCGAGAGGCGGCGGCGAUAGUGGCAGCGCAGCUGCAGGAAGAACAGCAACUGGCUGCCGUCCGUCUGAGCGAGCAGAACCUGGCCAGGUUGGCUGCAGUGCGCGAGGAGCUGGCUACCAGCGACGACGAGAAGGCCGCGUGGACGCAGCGGGCUACGGUCGCCGAGCGUCAGGUUGAGGAGAUCAAGAGAGAGCGAGAGGCGGCGGCGAUAGCGGCAGCGCAGCUGCAAGAAGAACAGCAACUGGCUGCCGUCCGUCUGAGCGAGCAGAACCAGGCCAGGUUGGCUGCAGUGCGCGAGGAGCUGGCUACUAGCGACGACGAGAAGGCCGCGUGGACGCAGCGGGCUACGGUCGCCGAGCGUCAGGUUGAGGAGAUCAAGAGAGAGCGAGAGGCGGCGGCGAUAGCGGCAGCGCAGCUGCAGGAAGAACAGCAACUGGCUGCCGUCCGUCUGAGCGAGCAGAACCAGGCCAGGUUGGCUGCGGUGCGCGAGGAGCUGGCUACCAGCGACGAAGAGAAGGCCGCGUGGACGCAGCGGGCUACGGUCGCCGAGCGUCAGGUUGAGGAGAUCAAGAGGAGGACAGCGGAAGAGACAGGGCAGAGGGAAACGCCGACGUUCAACGCGGAUGUAAACGAGACUUCUGCGACUUCGAGCAAAGUCCAGCAACACCGACUGGCCGGCUACGAAAAGAUGGCCACCCACACCAAGCCACUGGUCGAGGGCGUCCAGGCAUGGAGCGACAAAUCGGUCAUCAUCACCAUCGACAACUGCGGGAAUUGCUACCAGAGCAGUUGGUUUCUGGUGACCAUCCUGUGGGCUGUCCAGUGCCCGAAACGACUCCGGGAGCUGAUCAUCAAGCUCCUGCGCGGGUUUGCCCAGGAUGGGGCACUAGUUCAUGUUCCGCCACACUACCAGCGGUACGUCGAGGCCGUGUUCCUCUUCCUCAUCACCACGCAGAAGUGCUGGGGGUACCACGCCAGCUUCCCCGAGAACGACGACGGUGACGACGACUUCGGCAUCAAGCAGGCUGUACGCAUCGUCGAGAUCCUCAGCGACGUGCGCGGUUUGGCAACGGGGACCGUAGAGGGAGGAUGCAACGAAGACUCCCUGGGGCUUCAUCUGAAGCGGGGGCUGGCCAUCGUGGCUCGCGCGUUCGACGUGUCGUGGGCUAACCGCAACGGCUUCCCGAACAUGGACAUCGUGGCCACCCUCCACCAGUCUAUGGAGUUCGAUGUUGGGCUCCAGCUUACGCUGAUGAAAAGCGCCCGAGACGCCGUGGAAGACGCCCACCACCCCCCCUCUACGCUGCCGCCUUACGUGCCGCAAGACAUCAUGCGCCCCGCCUGUAGCUUGGGCUACAUUGUCGGGAUGGCAAUGGAGGACAUGGGCAACAACGGCCACGCCAACAGAACGCGGUACGUCGAGGCCGUGUUCCUCUUCCUCAUCACCACGCAGAAGUGCUGGGGGUACCACGCCAGCUUCCCCGAGAACGACGACGGUGACGACGACUUCGGCAUCAAGCAGGCUGUACGCAUCGUCGAGAUCCUCAGCGACGUGCGCGGUUUGGCAACGGGGACCGUAGAGGGAGGAUGCAACGAAGACUCCCUGGGGCUUCAUCUGAAGCGGGGGCUGGCCAUCGUGGCUCGCGCGUUCGACGUGUCGUGGGCUAACCGCAACGGCUUCCCGAACAUGGACAUCGUGGCCACCCUCCACCAGUCUAUGGAGUUCGAUGUUGGGCUCCAGCUUACGCUGAUGAAAAGCGCCCGAGACGCCGUGGAAGACGCCCACCACCCCCCCUCUACGCUGCCGCCUUACGUGCCGCAAGACAUCAUGCGCCCCGCCUGUAGCUUGGGCUACAUUGUCGGGAUGGCAAUGGAGGACAUGGGCAACAACGGCCACGCCAACAGAACGGACCUGACGGACACGUACGCUAGUAUUGCGACCGAAGCCGCGGAGGCCCAGGGUCGCCCGAACCACACCAGCAUCGCCGGCAUGUUGGUGUGGAAGGCCUCUUGCCCGCACUACAACGUGAACGUUCAGUCCGGGGCUCUGGCCAACGCCCUCGCCUCCACGUUCGGCUUGGACCUGAGCGAAGGGGACGCUGUCGCCUCUGCCGAGCUUCGGGAGGGCUCUCGCUGGCAGCGAGAGAACGCGAUGGGCAUCGGUGGUGCAAUUGACCCCGACGAGCUAGAACUGCUCAUGGCGGAGGCACGGAAGGUGGAAGCCGCCACGUCGAACCCACAGGACAGCUCCGCCGCCGCCGCCGCCGCCGCCCCCGCAUCCUCGCCAGCUUCUCUGGCGGCUGCGAACCGUAACGACGCGCAGCGGCCACUGCCGGGGACGAACGACGGCGUCCAUGCAUCUUCAGAACCGUGGAAGACGAGCGAGAGGCGGAGGAGGAAGAAGAAGAAGAAGAAGUAACUGCGCCCAGGAGCAGUCGGCUCGUGGGAGCACAAGGACACCGUGUAGCCCUUGAAGAGGCAUUGCAUGGCCUUUUGGUUUUGUUUAGUGGGUGCGUGAUCGCGAGAUCGCGCUUUGGUUGUCUCAAAUGCAAUUCCCUCACUGGCCCAAACACACGUGCUUUCAGUGUUCGGGCGCCUAUCUCUCUUGUCAUGAAUACUCCACGUGGGAGAGUCAUGACAAGCCGACAGCUCACAUCACUGGAAACAGUGAUAAUGUUGUGUUCUACAACAGAGCAGAAUUGGAACACGAACUGGCACAGCCAACAGUGAUCGGACACGUGUUAUGAGCAUAAGGGUUAUUUUACCAUGUCAGCCGGUAGACAACAAAAAGAACAAACAAAUAUCGGGUACUACUGUAGAUAACAGAAGCGAAUCGGGGUGUGCACCGAAAAUAGUAUUGAGAAACUCACGCUUCCCGAGCCGACAUAUUGAAGCACGACAUAACAGCACAAAUCAUAACGUUGGUUGGCGACCGCAAAGCGACGUUUUGACCACGCGACCCAAUUGCAAAUAUCUGGAAGAGAACGUUCUGUGCCCGGCUCUUGACGUGGCACAACCAGCCACGGGGAUGGAUGCAACCAACACGUCUUUCCUCGCUGAACGUCAAGAAUUCUACUAAACAACAAAAAUGAUUUUUACGUUUCCUUGCCCUGUACGGGGUUGGUGCGGUACACCACGCCCCGUGACAAACUCCCUCGUGAACGGUACCCGGCGCGCCCUAACCAAGCAACCUUAAAGACUUCGAGCCGGACAUGACCUUUCGACCUACACCCCGCUGUAGGACAUGGUUUUGGUACAGAGGCGUAGCGGGCUUCCGCAAGUGUGUUCGGCAAGGUCGUACGAAGGUUGGCUUGUGACCGUCUCCGACUCAAACACCGGCCCUUCGCCCAGCAGAAGGUCGACACCACCAGCAUCCCUGCCUCCAAAAAUGUUGCUCGAGACAUGGUCACCGCUGCAAUGACGGCUGACGUUUAGAAAGCAGGGACAAACAGAGGGGCAAAGGGAUAACAUGAAAGAUCCAAGGUACAACAGUUCACAUAAAUGUGUACAUGCACACCCUAGUGAUAAGUCAUCCCCGUCAGGGUAGAGGAUGGCCUGCACGUUCCGCCAAGGACUGGCUGAGACAUUUCGAAGGGCUGCUUCGGAUAUUCUGACUAGAGACCAGAUCGGAGAGACCACAAGCCCGCCCUAGAGAAACAGAGCAUCAGCACAACCAAUCAACGUCGAGAUGUCAACUCUCCGUUCAAGUCUCCCUUCGCCACCUUCUCGAAAACAAGGGUCCUGGUGCGUGGGACAGAGCAGGUUGGGAGUCGUUCGGCGUUAAGUAAAAGGUGUGCUUCCGUUCAUCCACCCAGGGCGCUCAACAUUCUCAACCUCAAAACCGUCCGUCACGAACAUAGGAAAGCUAUUUUGUGGUGAAACACACGGGGAUUCAUGCCCGCGAAACACCUCCAAGCAACGUUUGCUUGGCGAUAGACGUAUAUCAGGGUCAUUUCGAAGCUCGAAUAGUCGGGCCAACAGCAGGCGAUAGGCGAGGAACACCGGCAGCAGAUAUAUACUCCCAGCUCACCCGUUGAUGAUCAAGCCGCCGAUCCCUUGGCGAAUCAAGGGUCUGCUCACCGUCGAGGUCGGCAACACGUGCAAACACAAAAAAAUGCGCGAAGUAGUGCGAAUGAUUCAGCAGGAGCCACCAGCGUGCUCGACUGUGGUAUGUGGGCAUGUUUGGGGUAUAUGACGUGAUCUUUUCACGUGUGCCUUGUGACGGUGACCAGAACCGAACUAUUGACGAAUCGCGCAGGCAUCACACGUGCUGCGUGGUUUUCCGGGAACCAUUAACAAAAUACG